AUGACGAUUGUCUCUCUUGAAAGAAGAACUCCCCCUCACUUAGAUACUACAAGUAAGCGAUCUAGCCGUACCUCCCCAUUCAAACCUUUCUUAAGUCUUAUAACGCCUCUGGGUUACAAUUUAUUGACCUUGAAUCCCCAUUAUAUGCUAGGCCGACACUCAAAUGGAAAGGAAUCUGCUGUCUCUCUCAGAGAAUUGGUACAGGAACCCAGUAUAACUCCCGAAGAGGGGCCUGCAUCAUCUACUGCGCCACUCGAAGACCAACAUGUCGGCAUUGAGCCGUGUGAUUCGGAUACGGACUCACUGGAGACUUCGGAUACAGAGUCCCUACUGGGAGAUCAGACCUUUGUUUUUAUCUAUCUAUCUAUCUAUCUAUCUAUCUAUCUAUCUAUCUAUCUAUCUAUCUAUUUCAGUCUGUUCAUUAUCUAUCUAUCUAUCUAUCUAUCUAUCUAUCUAUCUACUAUAACAAUUAAUUUUUAUCUAUCGAUGUCAUUUUGUUUCUAUCACUCUAUAUCUAUCUAUCUAUCUAUCUAUCUAUCUAUCUAUCUAUCUAUCUAUCUAUCUACGUAA